CCCACACCUCCACUACAGCAGUCUGCAGCCGUCAGUGCUGCGCGUUGAAGUUGGCGUCCUCCUGCGUCGCCCCUCGAGCCUUCGUCAGUGUCCCCUCGGGCCCGGGAGUCGCGGAGAUACGCCGGCCAGAGCGCGCGGCUGCGGCAGGGAGCUGCUGGGCCCCCGCGAUCUCUGGAGAAUGGAAGGGCCGGCGGAGGGGACUCGUCAGAGGGAGGUGACGUGCAUAGGGGCGGACGGCAACUGCAUCUUCAUCGCCGUCAGCCCCCAGCCCCACGGGGUGAGCAGCGUUACGGUUGUGGGGGGCAGUGUGCGGAAGCUACGCCGCGGACGCAAGGCGCCAGUGGGGCUGCCCGGCGCGCUGCUGCUCGCGAUGCGGCGGGGGGACGAGAAGCGUCUUGCGGAGCUGUUUGACGCAGAGGGCCCCGCGGUGGGCGCGCCUGCGCUGGAGGACGCGCUGGACGAGGCCUGGCGCACGGCCUGCGCGCUCAACCUGCCGCUCAGCAAGGACAUGAAGCGGCGUGUUGUGGGCAUCCUCACGCUGCUCCGCUACCGCCUGUCCCGGGCGGACGCGGCCACUGACGUGCCGCCGGCCGCCGCCGACGCCCUGGUCCGGUGGCGCGAGCUGUGGCGCCGGGUGGACCUGCUGCUAAAGUUCUCAGAGCGCCUAGAGCUCGAGCUGGAGCCGCUCCGGAGCUGCGAACUGGCCAAGCUGUGCGUCCAGAACCUGCACCGCGUCAAGUCGGCAUUCAAGAGCACGUACAAGGACGUGCCGUGGGAGGACAUGGAGUACCUCCUCGUGGUGUUCAUCGAGACGCGCGCUGCUCGGAGCAUCGCGACCGACGUGCGCCUGUUCAGGAAGAGGGUGCUGGAGCACGUGAUGAAGCACCGCCAUGAUUCUGACCCUGAGGCGGCCAUGCGAAGGCUUCAGCUGAAUCCGAAGGGAAAGGAGAGGGCCACCCUCCCCAGCGUCAACGCCCUCCCAGUCCCGCGGCAGCACAGCGCCGUGUUGAGGGACUGGCACUGCAGGGACCACAGGGACCCGCCGCCGGCCGCCGACGCCCACGUGCGGUGGCACAAGCUGUGGGGCCGGGUGGACCUGCUGCUGGAGUACUCGCGGCGCCUCCAGGACGAGCUGCAGCGGCUCCAGGGCCACGACCGGGCGCCGGGCAGCGCGGACAAGAGCGUGUUGCUGGCCAGGAUGUGCGCCCUGGUCAUGCACAACGUCAAGGGGUCCUUCUUGUCCACCUACAAGGACGUGCCGUGGGAGGAGAUGGAGUACCUCCUAGUCAUGUUCAUCGAGCCGCGCACAGUGUUCGUGACCCUGGCCCACCUGGUGGCCACCGCGAGCACCGCGGCCCACCUGCAGUGCUUCAGGGAGCAGGUGGGUAAGUACGUGCUGGUGCACCGCGCUGAGCCCGACCCGGAGGCGGCCAUGAGGAGGCUGAAGAAGGAGCCGCGGAAGGAGAGGGCUGCCCUCCUCGGCGGGGUGGAGGACAGCGCCCUCACAGACCUCAGAAAGGACUUUGGCCUGCUGAGGGACAAGCACUCCCUAAAGGACAUCAACGAGACCCUGAGCGUCACCUGCGAGGCGCUCCGUCUGGAGGACACCGACUGGGCAGCUUGGGGCUGGCUCUCCGUGCGGUGGGGGCUGUUUGUGGUGGGGGAAAGAGUGAAGUACUCGUGGUCGUCACCGAACCUGUCCCCCCGCUGGACUGGCCUUGUGGGAGCUAUGGCGCCCGGCGGCAUCCUGAAGGUAACGUCUGCCAUCCGGGACGACCAGGAGCACGGGGAGGACGGCUCCAACGCCAAGACACUGGCCUUGUCGGAGUUAAAGAACCUAGAGAGAAAGGAGCUGGCAGAAGAGUUGGAAAAACUGAGGAAUGCAGUAUGUGUGGCUCUUGCGGAGAUUGGCAACGAGUCAGACAAGAGUGACUUGGUUGAGCAUGAACUAAGACUUAUCAAGAAUACAAACUUGAUUGUGGAUGAAGUGAUGAAGAUAUUCCAACGAAAAAGAUAUGCAUCGAAAGAUAAAUUUAAAGAAAUUGAGCGUUGUGCUCAAUUAGUGCAGAACACGCGAAAUAGGUUACUAUAUGGGCGUUUUGUGUCUUUGUCCUGGGACUUUGUUCUUUCUCAUUUCCCAGAGGCUUUUGCUCGUGUUAGUCGCCUUCUUUUUGACAAGAGCAUGGCGAACACCGAAAGCUUUCAAGCUGAACUUCGAGAGGUUAGUCUGCGGACAGUGGUCUGCCCGCUGGAGACUGUUUGGAAGGCGCUCAUGGCAAUCGACUCUCGAGUUGGGCAGCUCACUGACUUCGCUAUCAACGGAGCUCUGCGGGAGCUCGCGUCCCGCUGGCACGAGCGCGACCAGGUGGUGCCCACAGACGUUCCCUUCUCCCCCGCCCUGUUCGGCCGCCAGCUGCGGAACUACCUCAACCACCUCAACAAGGUCUUCUGGUCCCCUCUCGGGCUGAUUGUCCUUCACAAGCUGGUUAUAGACAGAGACAUAGAGCUGGAGCACGGCGCCAGGCCGCGGCUGCGAGACCUGCGGUGGUCCCGGGCCGAGAACGAGCGGCUGCUGCGCCUCGUGGAGCUGAAGAGAGACAUGUUCCGCUGCGCGAGAGAGGGCCACUUGUUCUGGCUGCAGCGCCUGGUGGAGGACGGCGCCGACGUGAGCGCCAGGGACUGCCAGGACCGCACCCUGCUGCACGCUGCAGCCCAGGGCGGCCAGGGCCACGUGGUGCGGUGGCUGCUGGGGCUGGGCGCCGAGGCCGUGGACCCGCUCGCCGUGGACUGCAAGGGAUUCACAGCCCUGCAUGUGGCUGGGACCGCGGCCGUGGUGGAGGAGCUGCUCGCCACAGGGUCAGUGCUCCACAAAGGGACCUGUACGCCUCUCCAUCUCGCUGCAGUGUGUGGCCGCGCCGAGGUGGUGGCCGUGCUGCUCAGAGACCCCCGCGACCUGAAUGCGGAGCACAACACGGUGACGCCCCUGCACUGCGCUGCCCGUCACGGCCACGACCAGGUGGUGCGUCUGCUCCUUGCGGCCGGCGCGCGCUGCCAGGCCGACGCUAACGGUCACACACCCACACCUCUUGUCCUUGCUGCGCGCUCCGGCAGCGCCCCCACGGUGCUGCUGCUGCUCGGCGCCGCCCUCCCUGAGGACUACUGGAGGGCCGCUGAGUAUGCCGCUGCGCAUGCCCGCGAGGAGGCCUGCUCCGCGCUGCUGGACGAGCUCGAGGCGCGCGGGCGGCUCCAGUGGGGCCCGGAGGCGAGGAAGGUCCUGUUAGGGGCGGGCCUUGGAGGGAGCAGCGCCGUCGCGCUGAGGCUGCUGGACCUCUCUACUGCCGCCCUGAGCGAGCGCCUGGACGACACCGGGGUAACAGUCCUACACGUCGCUGCCUUUAAGGGUCGCGCUGAGCUCGUGCGCGCGCUCCUCAGCCGCGGGGCGGACCCGCUGGGCAAGGAUGCUGGGGGCGCCUCCGCACUGGACGGGGCAGCAGCGGGUGGCUCCACGGACACCAUCGACGCGCUGGUGGAGCACAUCCCGGGCGGCUCACUGCAGGCGGCCCUCGAUAAGGCGCUGUGUGUGGCCGCACUGCGCGGUCAGCUCGGGGCGGCGCAGCGGCUCGUCCACCACGGCGCGGACGUUAACGCGGUGGACGGGGAGGGUGACACGCCCUUGCGCUGUGCUGCUACAGGGGGCCACACCGAGGUGGUGCGGUGGCUGCUGCUGCGGGGGGCCGACCCGCGCCUGGGCGAGGUCCCUCCUCUGCACCACGCUGCAGCCGACGGGCGGCUGGACGUGGUCAAGCUACUCGUGCCGCCGCUGCACGCGGGGGACCAGGGCCAGGACGACCCUGGCGGCGAGGGGCCCUCAGCCCUGAGCGUGGCCGUGCAGGCAGGCUCGCGGGAGGACCUGGAGCGGAUCCUGGGACGGUUCGUGGAGCACCUCAGGCCCCUCUCCAGCAGGUACACGAAGGAGGACAGGCUCCGGGACAAAGCCGAGUCGACGGCGGCGCUGAGGAGGAAGGAGAAGGAGGAGGGCGAGCGCCUGCGCCUGCUGCAGCAGGUCGAGAGAAAUGGUGGCGCCACGGCCCUUCACAUGGCGGCAGCAAUAAGCAGCGCGCUCCCCGUCGUGGAGUACCUGCUGGAGCGGGAGGGGGAGCUCCUGCGGCGGGUCUACUCCAAGCACAAGAACACCGGCGUGCCGCGGCUGGACGGCCUCACCGUGUACGCGCGGGACUCUGACGGGGACACCGCCCUGCAGUGCGGCGCUCUGUGGCUCUGCGCGCCGAGCGUGGCCGAGGCGCUGCUGAAGCGGAUGGGGGACGAGGUGUGGCUGGCCCGGGGCCACAAGGACCUGCGGGAGGUGCGCGGCAUGGCCGUUGAGGCCCUCUGGCUCGCCGCACCUCAGCCCGGCAGCGGCCGUCUGGUCCGCGCGCUCUGCGGGUGGCUCAGCCUCAGCCACGGGGACGGGCUGCAGGACGUCCGGUGCGGUGCCGUGACGGCGCUGUGCUCCGUGCUGGACGAGGUGUGGGACCGCGUGGUCGCCCUGGUGGCGGGGCGCCUGGCCCGACGGCGGGAGCCCUGGUGGCGCCGCGCGCUGCGGGUGUUGCUGCGCCGGGCGCGCCCGCUGGACUCGCUGACCGCGCUGGCCCUGCGGGUGCGUGCUGUGCUGACGGAGUUGGACUGCCUGGGGGUGCCCCCGCCCCCGCGCGGCCAUGAGGCGCUGCUGUGCCGGUGGGUGGUCGCCCUGAGCGGCGAGGACGACGCGACCCCCGAGAGCGUGCUCCAGAGCAUCAGGGGCGAGGCCCUGGAGUUGGCCCAGAGGGGGGGUGACCAGUCGAGUGUGGAGCUUCUGCGCUUGUGUCAAAGUACUGGCAGUGAAUCUGUGUUCCCUCAUUCUCUGGUCGUCGUGUCCAGGAGUUCCUUUCUUGCCGUUGCUCGUCCACUCCUGCUGGAAGCCAUGCACAUUUUACGUCACACGAUUUUUGACACCUUUUAACCCCCACUUCCUUGCCCUCCCCUUGUGGUGUCACAUUCUCGAACUUAUUGCUUGCUUCCACAGGUUCCACAGCGCUGGGAAAACAGUAAAAAUUUCGAGAAAAUUCGCUGACUUAAUGGUUUCUUUUAAACCACACAUGUAUCACAACGACAACGGGUGGAUAAUUUCAAGAUUCGCCCUUGAAAUCCCAGACUUUGUAACCCUUGUAGAAGUUGAAGAAGUAAAUAAAUACAAAUUAUGAGAGUGAAA